AUGACGGCAGGGGAUGAUAUUCUGUCGAAGACGCUGAAUGCUCCACCUAUCUCCUGUUCAGGCGUGGGUGGUGUCGAGGGAGAAGGAAUGACGGACGCCUCAACUACCCAGCAUACCUUUCCUUCAACCUCUUCCUUCUCCCCAUUAAGCCAAUCAACAAUCUCGUUGCCCGGUGCGGCCUUUGAUGGAAUGAGAGCCUGGGUUGAUGGUUACUUCGGUCGUCCCGUGUUCAGUGCCAGAUUUCGGAAGCUGGCCGACGAGUCAGUAUCUUCAGGCGAGAACGAUGAAUCCAUUGGCUCGCAGAUCAAUCUACCCUCCAUCAAUCAAACUGAAAGGGUUAUCAUAGGAGGGAGAGAUUCCGUUGAUGAUUUUAAUCCCAGCAAUCUCACUGUCGAUCAAACUCGAUCACGCAAAGAGAGUGAAGCUCAGCAAAAUAAUCACAACAGCGACAACCAAGUUUUACAUAGAAGCCUAACUCCCUUGGCUCCAGGUGUUCCUGAUCGAACAAAUUUGUCAAAUAGCACUUCGUGGGACUUAACAGCUUCUAGAGAACCGCCAGCUGCGUCUGAGCAUGGAUUCUCCGUUGAUUGGGACGGCUUGCCUCUUCGAAUCGAUUCGGUCACCUUAAAGUUCCACGAGCGUCAAAGGCAGGAGGAUCACGAACGUACAGAGCACCAGAGUCAAAUUGAUCGUCUGGAGGCCAGUAUUGCAUGUCUCUCGCAAGAAGUGGUUCGUUUACGUGCUUUAGUUGAUAGUCGAAGGAAUGAAGGCAACCUACAAGAUGUCUUUACCACCACUACUUCUGUCGGUGCUGAGUUGUCUCCGUCGCCGUUGGUUUCUCCCGAGGCAACUGUGACUCCACAGAGUAGUCAUGUUGAUGGGCAGGACAAUCCGCCGUCAUAUGUUGUUGAGGCCCUUUCCGACGCAAUCGACAACCAUCAAGGGAUUGACGACUAUCCGAACUGUGGCGUUAUUUAUGUGAGAAACAACGAAACACCAAUGAAACCGCAUUCCCUGAUGACCCGAUCGGCGACUGAUGACAUACUGCUUAACUGGCCUGAUGGGUCUGCCUCUCACAAUGCCAACUCUUGUUCCUUUAAUCCUCUGCCACUACGAAGACACUGCUGUCCUAGUACCUCUUCAGACUACAGCUCCUUCGAUGUCGUCGAAAGCUCCGCACUGCUUGCCUACUCCGGUGUUUCUGGAGGACCUGUUUGUGGGGGAUGUGAUAACCUCGAUGGGGUUAUCCCUUCCCUUCCAUGCGGCUUCUGUGGAAACUGCUCUGAGACUCUUCGGGACUUCAACAACUGCAAAUCCAUCUGUGGCACCUGCGACAGUGGAUGUCUGUUGGAAUCAAGUGAGACACGUCAACCUGUCGCCGACUCUUAUUCCGAAGAAGAGGAGAACGCAUACCGUCGGGGCUACGCUGCUCACCUAUCCUGUGCUCCCCUUCCCAGUAGCUGCACCAGCCGCACCACACCCACCGCUAUGCCGUGCUCGCCUGCCUGCGCCGAUGGAGGGAUGUGCCGGCAUCUUGAGCGGCGGUUCCCAUCAGGCUCUUCUCUCACGUGCUCAAGCGCCCACAGCCAAAAUGGAACUGCUAAAGCUUGA